UACAUUCACGACAUCUGAAAUUUUACAAAAACUUCACCUGUCGUUUCUCUCGGGAGCUGAAGUUUUUUUCCGUAGGUUUUUGAAACGAAGUGAUUGCAAUGAGUUCCUUGUUUCUGAAAUGUGAGCAAAACAAGCACCACGUCUCUUCUGGAGCUGCAGAACAGUUUACUUCUCAUGAACAGUCAUAAUGUCUCUGCAUUGACGAGAACAGUGAUAGCAUCUCUCCAGUGACAUGAACAACGAUAAUGUUUACAUAAUGAUGAUGAACGCUAGAAUUAUUAAAAACAUUAAGGAAUGUGUUCACUAUGUCAAGGUAGAUAUUUUUAUUAUUGGCUAUAAUUUUACAUAAUUUUUUCUCAAUGUUUUCAUCACUUGGAAAUUAAUUCUCUCAUUGAACGAUUCCAUUGAAUAAAAAAGUUUUCUAUGAUUUAUUUAGGGUAAUUUAUAAGAGCAUCAAUGUUUCGUUGGAAAAAGAUACUAAAUAAUAUCCAUGUCAUCCGUCAACCGCUUUAAACCAUGAAGUUUAAAAACAAGUUGCGAUACCAACGCAAGAUGACCGAAGGCCUGUUCUUUGCUUUAAGUUUAGUGGGCGGUUGUCUUGCCAGCUACAAAGAGGUAGGAGGAACACAACUCAUGAACUCGACCGCGCCACCACAAGUUGAUCUUACGAACAUCACGUCAUCCUUGAACUCGGAUGUUGAGUACCUCGGGCAGAUCGCUUACAACGUCGUGGCUCCCAUCAUAAUCAUCUUCGGCCUGCUGAGUAACAUCAUCAACCUGCUGGUGCUCAGCCGACCUACCCUGCGUGGACCAACCUUCCGAUACCUCAAGUGGCUGGCGGUGGCGAACCUGUUGGUGUGCGCCAUACUUCUGCCCUUCGCCUUCCACUCCCACGACACUCCAGUGCCAUACAUGGCUGCCUUCUACCUCGCACAUGUAGAGAUCCCAAUUGGCAACGCUCUGAUGGCUGCAAGCGUGUACAUCGUUGUGGGCCUCAGCAUCGACCGCUUCGUUGCGGUUUGCUAUCCUCGCAAAUACCGCAACCUCUACAGACACCACGUGGCCACCGUCAGGAUAGCCAUGUCCUUUGUGGUGGCGUUCAUUAUCUACAUCCCGAUGAUGGUGUUCCACCAGCGAGUGGAGGAGGCUGAGGGAAGUAGGGAUCUCUACUUGGCCAAAGACAGGCAUGACGUUCGCAACUCUCCACUCUUUAUUGCCUACGCGUGUCUCUUGGAACUUUGCGCCAGGUUGGCUCCCGCGUUGAUGCUGGCUUACCUAAAUUCUCGCAUCAUCAUCGAGUUCAAGAUGAUAAGUGCGCGACGCAAACUCCUGUCGCAGGGCAUCGGCUGCUCCGAGGUGUCGGGGUAUCCCUCGCCAUCUGCCAACGACCACAGCCUCGCCGCCCCCCAAAACGACGACAACGGGAGCCCCCAAUACCAAACGACAUCAUGUGCACUUCAACUAAAAUCCAUGGAAGAGCGAAGUGGAUUCUUUCUAUAUCAUAACGAGGAUCUAGGACGAGAAGGAAAUGGAGUUGACAAGCGAUGUUUCCUUAAUAACCAGCUGGUCGAUGAACAUUUGCGGGAUCACAUUAGUGAUAAGGUAGAAGUUUGUGAUGACAAUAUUAAUCCACCAGGGCUUCUCGAAACAGACCUUGAUGCUGUACAGUGCUUGCCGCCAACUCCAAUGCAUUCAAAAAUUGCUGCAAAACCCAUGCAACUCGUGAAUAUCGAAUCAAGAUUUGAAAAAGAACACCGAAAAUCUAUGGCACUCAAAUCGUAUACAAUGUCUUCACCUUUAGAGUCCGAAACAUCGUUGUUCAAGGGAAUCAGUGCAGUUGUUGCUGGUGGAACGCAAUCUCCUUGUGACACUGCAAGAGACAGUGCUUCCCAUAACCUGCAUCUUGAUAUCAGUGCCCCGGCAACAUCUCCCUCAGCUCCCAAUUCUUUAGAAGUCGGGCAGCAGCGCGAGGGCAGCGCUUUGCUGCUCGAGGCGGUGAUUGAUGGCACAGCAGGAAGCAAGUGUGGCCAUGAGGCGCAGAAGAAGACCGCCUCCGGCGUCGAUAACGGAGAAGCCAUUGCCAUGAUCUCCUCAGGUCGCUGUCUACAAAUGUCGUCUUCAGCGAUACGUAAAGGUGAGCGUCGUCACGACAGGGAACGUCGUCUCGUGCUACUGCUCGUCUCCAUCAUAGUCACCUUCUUCGUGACAAAUAUCCCAGCAGCCAUCCUCUCGCUCAUCACCUACAAGGACUCAUACAGACAAAACUUGGGCUUCCAAAUUUUCCGAGCCGUGGCCAAUAACCUAGAGUUCCUAAAUUACGGCCUUAGCUUCUUACUUUACUUUCUGUUCAGCAAGGACAUACGGGGCGUUUUUGUAACUCUCUUAAAAACGGCCAUUAAAUCUAUUGGAAAGACGCUUUAUAAAGGGCGUAGUAGUAGCGGACGAACGUCUGCUAAUUUGUGAUAAAUGAUCAAUCCACUUCCAAGACGUACACUAAUGAGUUGCACUAAUUGUGCAAUAUGUAAGCUAAUGAGUAGAUUUACAGAGGAAUAACUUAACAGUGUCUCAGUAAUUAGUUGUUCAAUUGAAUGGUAUGAUAAAUAAGUAUAUAUAUUUUGUGUUACAAAUUGAAGUAUUGUAGUAUCAAAUAUAUGAUCAAUGGAACGUUCUUGCAUAUUGGAAUAAUCGAGCUUAAUUGGUAAAUUGUGAACAUGGCUUCCAUGUUUGUAUACGCCAUUAUUAUAAAAUUAAUUAGCUAUUUUUAAAAUUGAUUAUUGAAUUAUUUUUCUCUGUUUUAGAAUCUUAGCCCUGCUAUCGAAAGCCAUGAAUAAACAUAUUUUGAAACUGCA